GUGUGAGCGUGCGAAGGAGAAAGGCGAUGCGUACGCGCUCCAAGCCGCGUAUAGCGUCAGUUGUUCUCAACCUGCUCGUCCGGUGACUCGUGUGUGUUUUCUGUGAAUUUUCGUGUUUUUUUUUUUGGAAAAAUGUAGAGGAGAAUUAUUGUGUUUUUUUGUGAGUGCACUGUUAUAGUGAAUAGUGUUGUUUUUUGUGGUUUUCUUGACAAUUGGAUGCCGUUCUUAUUGGAUGUUCUUAUUGGAGUGAUGGUGUGAGCGCAUGUCGGCGGUGCUCGAGGCAGCUGCGCGCGGCGACGCGGCUCGGCUUGCGAGCCUUCUGCGCGCGCAGCCCACUCAUUGCGAUGUCGUCGAUGAGAAUGGCUGUAGCGCGUUGCAGCGCGCAGCAGCAGACGGGCAUGUCGAGGUGGUGCAACUGUUACUGCAACAUGGCGCCGACCCUAACAAACAAGACCUCGUGCACGGCAACACCGCGGUCCAUGAAGCGGCCUGGAAGGGCUACUCGCGCUGCGUCGCGCUCCUCGCCGCGUGCUGCGAGCUGCGCGCACGCAACGCGGGCGGAUUCGCGCCGCUACAUCUCGCCUGUCAGAACGGACACAAUCAGUCUACUAGAGAACUGUUGUUGGCUGGUGCACCACCGGAUUUGCAGAACAAUUACGGCGAUACGGCCCUCCACACGGCGGCGCGCUACGGGCAUGCGGGCGCCACCCGCAUCCUCAUCUCCGCGGCGUGCCAGGUCGCCGCGCAGAACAAGAACGGCGACACCGCCCUCCACAUAGCAGCUGCCAUGGCGCGCCGCAAACUCACGCGCAUCCUCCUCGAAGCCGGCUGCGACAAAACACUCAUGAACCACCAGGGUGAAACCGCUAGGGAUAUAGCCACAAGAAAAGGCUUGAACGAAAUCAUUGCUAUUUUGAACACUCCAGUAGCUAAACAGAAGAAGAAACGAGACAAAAGCAAGGAAAGAACUAUAGACGAACCUGACGCUCCAAAGAAAAAAGAUGGAAAGAAAAAGAAGAAUGUUCACUUCGAAACGCCAGCACCAGUCCAGUGGUCCCCAUACGGAUGCCAUUACUAUCCGGACCCGAAAUACUUCCCGAAGCCCAAGCUAAGCUCGCUUCCCCCCGAGCCUCUUAGAAAAGGCGAACAGUACUUCUUAGAUUUAGCGGGGAACAUCAAAAAAGGUCCAAUUGGAGCUGGAUACACGUGCUACUGCGCACCUUUCUUUAAACAUAUGGAAGAGAAGAUGAAUGAGGAUAAGAAGGAUUUGAAACGGCACAUAGACAGGGCUCAUGAUAAACUCGAUCAGAAAGUAACAGAUUUGGAGAUGAAGACGCAAGGACAGAUAUCGGAGUUGACAAGGUUUGUGGCCGCAGAGAGAGCGUUAUGUAAAGAACGCCAUCAGCAUUUAGAACACUGGCUGACGAGAGGCGUGAUGUUCAGAGCUUCAGAGAGAGUCAGAAAAUUAGACUACAGCCCUAAAGGCUCCUUAGACAUACCUCCCAUGAAAAGGACGAGGAGUCUCGAAAUCUUGGAUCAUUCUGAAGAGUGGAAUAAAGUCAACAAAUUGGUAAAGAGCUUCAAUCAAACUGCUGAGCAUUAUGAAAGCCAUCCCAAGGAGCGACCUGAUAAACAGACGUCGAAAAGUACAGAAGUGUUAGACACCAGGUCACCUCCAACUCCUAGAAGAAAGUAUAUUCUUAAGAACUCUAUGAGCAGUGAUCAAUUAGAUGCUGGUCCAAGUCGUAUGUCGAGAUCCCCUCAUACUACUGCUUCAGGCCCCAGUCCAGAUCAGAGCCGCUUACAUAAUGUCACUGCUGAAAUACAUGUAAAGGCGAAUAAAAUAUCUAUAUCACAAUCACCAGUCUCCAUGGAGGUCCAAGGAUACAAUGAGAGAUUCGCCUCACCUAGUCGACAAUCGAAUACUAAGUCACCCAGUAGCAGCAGAGACUUUAAAGUCAGUGAUUCCGAAGAAAGAAGAAGGGAUCAAUCUCCUGGCGUGCCAGCUUGGAAGAGUCAAGUUUUACAAAGAACGGCAGACGAUAUUAGAAAAAGAGUCAUGCUCGAAAAAGAAAUGUCCCAAGUCGUUAUGAGAAACAACGCGAAAUCUUUAGAUAUAUCGCAAGACGGAUACGUUAAGCUUCAUAAACAACCAAGCAACUACCAAGUUCGAGAAGAGAACAGCGUAGAAAGAGAACCAAGAAAGUCGGUUCAAGAGUUAGUAGCGCAAGUAGAACAGCAAAGAUGUCAGACUCCUGAAAGAAAGCCCACCGAAGAACCUCUACCCUCCGUCUCUCCAAACCCUGGCAUACUCAAAAUGCCUCAACAACCACAAAGACCAGCGCCAGUGUUAAAAGAAAAACCGCCUAAAUCAAAACGCUUCAGUUUGCAUAACCUCAUCCCGUUCCCAACUAGAAAGACCUUCCAAACCCCACCGAAAGACAAUGGAAACAAUUCAGAAAGCAGCGACGAAGAGGACAAUCCAAUUAGAACAACCAACACACCCGGGCCCAUGAAGAACACCAAUCUACUCCAAACUCUUCCUCUACCUAACUACGAAACCAUGUCCACCAAAUCUCAAUCCCCCGCCCCGCAAACACAAAAACCUUACCCACCAGACUUAAGACCCAUGAUCCCUAAGGACGCCUACUUCCACGAGAUACCAAACCGUCAAAGCCACCAACUGCCCUACAGAGAAAUGAUCGAAAAUGGCCUACCUACUCCUCAAUACAACUAUGACUAUAACCAAACAGGUCUACCUCAAACACAAGUCCAACCUAGAAACCGAAACCCAUUAUACCACCACCAAACAGGCGUUUUCGACGCAAUGAUGCAAGAUCACAUUAUAAGGGAAAUGGAUAGAAUACCUCACUGCUACAGCGAGCAUUUGGACCAAAACACUGAAGUAGAAAUCGCCAAUCAGAACGAAUUUGGCUACUAUGACAAUCGGCCGCCUUAUUACAAUCCAAAGCCAGUUCCAGAUCAUAAUUUACUCCACAGCAGGCUUCAAUCUCUAGCUAUUAACACGCAUUUGACAGAAACACAAUCUCAAACAGACAGGGAGUCCCAUAACGACUCAGGUUACAGUACUAAGGUGUACGGGAGCUCGCAGGGGCCGUCACCAAGUUUGUCUGGACACGUUGACGGUUCCGACAAUCUAUCUGGUCAGCGGAUCAAUAUUGUGCCGAACGGGAAGCCAGUUAUGCCCAUUGGAAAGCCUGUUAUACCCAUUGGGGCUUCUAGUUUGGUUUAA